AUGGCUGAUAAAAUUCCAGAAUACGCCGCUUCCGAUUACUUGAAGUUUGCACUGGCUGGUGCCAUCGGUUGCGGUGUCACGCACAGCUCGCUGGUUCCUAUAGACGUUGUCAAGACGAGGAUCCAGCUGGAACCCGCCGUGUACAACAAGGGUAUGGUUGGGUCCUUUAAGAAAAUCAUCGGUGAGGAAGGUGCCGGUGCGUUGCUCACCGGAUUUGGCCCCACUUUGCUGGGUUACUCCGUCCAGGGUGCGUUCAAGUUCGGUGGUUACGAGGUGUUUAAAAAAUUGUUCAUCGACACUAUAGGCUACGACAACGCCGUGCACUACAAGAAUUCCGUGUACAUGGGGUCUGCAGCGGUUGCAGAAUUUUUCGCCGAUAUCGCACUGUGCCCACUAGAGGCCACCAGGAUUAGACUUGUCUCUCAACCAACUUUUGCCAACGGGCUUGUUGGUGGGUUUUCGAGAAUCUUGAAGGAGGAAGGUGUAGGGUCCUUCUACAGUGGGUUCACUCCUAUUCUUUUCAAGCAGAUACCUUACAACAUCGCCAAGUUCCUGGUCUUCGAACGUGCAUCUGAGUUGUAUUACAGCAUUGUCGGGGCCAAGGACUCGCUAUCGGGGGCCAUGGUCACCGGUGUUAACCUCCUUUCCGGUUUGACCGCCGGGUUUGCCGCGGCAAUUGUAUCCCAACCAGCAGACACUUUGCUAUCCAAGGUUAACAAGACAAAGAAGGCACCCGGACAGUCCACCAUUGGUCUGUUGGCGCAAUUGGCAAAACAGCUGGGUGUCGUGGGCUCGUUCACGGGUCUGCCAACACGUCUAGUGAUGGUCGGUACUUUAACCUCUUUGCAAUUCGGUAUAUACGGCAGUUUGAAGAAGACUCUAGGUUGUGGUCCAACUAUUGAAAUUGGUGGUGGUGGUCACUGA